AUGCUGCUGCGCCAAGCUCUCGGCCGAAACCGCGGAUUCUCGUCCUCGAGCCUGGAUACGCUCUUUCGGGAAAAGAUUGCCCUUGGUAAAUCGUUGCCCAAGCUGGAGGACAAUGGCCUGAAGCUGCAAAUGUAUGCGUUGUACAAGCAGGCAACAGACGGUGCCAACAUGCAGCCCAAGCCGGGGAUGUUCGACUUCGUUGGCAAGGCAAAGUGGGAAGCAUGGAUGAAACUUAGCUCGCUGAGUGCAGAUGAAGCCAAACAACAGUACUGCGACCUCAUCGAUGGCCUCGCCAAAAGCUCUGGCAUGCAGUCCACGGCUGGCUCCGCGCCAACCCCAGCAACACCUUCGUCACCCAAUGAGGGUGUUAAAUUCACUCAAAGCGGAGGAGUAACAACUCUGUCGACGGACGCCAAUGCCCCACUGGACAACGAUUUGGUUGGAAAGCUCACGAGUGCCAUCAAAGAAGCCGCGAACGAUCCAGUUUCGAAGGUUCUCGUGCUACAGCUCCAUCCUGCAGCGCCUUCCACGGUGCAUCCAAGUGCUAUCGCGCCGUUGAUUCAAGCCAUUAUCGCCUAUCCAGUACCGUUGGGUGUGGUCGUACAUGGCCCUGUGCAUGGGCUCCAGGUUUCACUCGUGGGCCUCGCGGACGUUGUGUUUUCCCACGAGCGCGCCACGUUUCAAGUGCCAACAGCGUCGGCCAUGCCAGCCGCCCACGCCUUGAUCACGAAAAUGGGUUACAUGCAAGCGAAUGCGCUCCUGCUGCUUGGCGCGAAGUUGUCUGCUGAUGCUGCGCAUCGCCAUGGACUCGUCACCGAUGUAUUCAACGGGGAUGUAGAGGCGCAAGCGUUCUCGAAAUUUCAGCACUUCGCAGACCAAACGAGCGAUCGCAGUAUCAAGACGAUUCUGUUUCGCCACCAGCACAAGGACGCACUGCUCGCCGAAUUCAAGUAG